GCCACCCAGGAUUGUUUUGAUUUGCGUGUCCUGGAGUGUGCGGAGUUGAAUCGUAGCUGGAAAAGCCGGAAAACCAUCCGAAAGAUCGAGUUCUCACCCGAUAUGGCUGAUAAAAAGAAGGCUCUCUUUAUUUGCCUCGGAAACAUUUGCCGAUCACCGAUCGCGGAGGCGGUAUUUCUCAAAACUAUCAACACAGCAGGAGUUGCGGAUCAGUGGGAGGUGGAUAGUGCGGCCAUCGGAUCGUGGCAUGUAGGACGUAGCCCAGACCAUCGGGCGCUGGCCACUAUGAAACAGCACGACCUCCCGUACAACAACAAGGCCCGCCAGAUCAAGAAAGCGGACUUUGACCACUACGACUACAUCUUCGGCAUGGACACGGAAAACAUUUCCGACCUAAAGGAACGGGCGCCCAAGGGUGGCGAGUGCAAGGCAAAGAUUUUGCUGCUCGGUGAUUUCGACUCACAGCAACCGGGGGCGAUCAUCCGCGAUCCGUACUACGACAGGGGAUCCGAGGGCUUCGAACAGUGCUACGUGCAGUGUGUGCGUUGCUGCGAAACCUUCCUGGCAAAGGCCCAAGCAGGACAAAUUUAAUUGUUUAACCGAGCUGUGAUGCGAAUUGUGAAAAUUGAUACGCGAAGAAAGGUUCCUUAAACGACAAA